UAAAAGAUUGUGUAUGCGUGCGUGUGAGUGUGUAAAUCGAGAGGAAAAAAUCGCGAGAAAUUCGCGCACACCGGCGAAGAUACUCUCUCGCGGAACGUUCUCGCGCGAGAAAUCAGUCUGUCUCUCUUGGCGCGCGCAGGAGAUAGCGCCUUGCCAGUUUUCCUCCCUCGCGUUCCGUUCUUUUAAUCUGGUUUCUCCUUCCUCUUCUUUUACAAAGAAGUCGAAGCGCGGCCGACGAUUCCCGGUGGAGUCAUCCACCGUAUCGGAACGCGAUGAUCGCUUGCCGAACGGCGGACGCGCCGUCAGACAGCACGACGACGACGACGAGAACGAGCGGCGGUGCUGCGAGCACUCGGAAUAUGCGGCGCGAACAUUUGGUGCGUUCGUAAAACAGAGUAUCAUGUCAAAGAGAAAAGGUGUUUCUGUUGAUGAGAAACGUUUGCGAAUGUUGCAAAUAUUUUAUGAAACAAAGGAGUUCUUCACACUGAAGGAAAUUGAGAAAAUCGCUGUGCAACAAAAGAAAAUUGUAGUUCAGAGUGUCAAAGAUGUGUUAGAAGCACUUGUGGAUGAUGGUUUGGUAAAAUCAGAGAAAAUUGGCACUAGUACAUAUUACUGGAGGUUUCCAGGAGACAAUAUUACUGCAACAGAAGCAAGAAUAUCUGAUACAAAUAAAAAGUUGGUUGAAGCUGAAUUCAAGCUUCAGAAAAUAAAGGAAAAGAUAGAGAGGGAAAAGGAACAAAAAAAUGAUACAGAAGAAAGAAGAAAUCUAAUGAAAGAAAUUGAGAAGCUGAGAAAAGAAGAGCAGGAGAUAAAACAACAAAUUGUAAAAUUUAGUGAUGUUGAUGAAGGAGCGAUUGCAGAAAUGAGUAAAACUGCACGGAGGUACAAGGAUGCGGCUAACACAUGGACGGACAACAUUUUUUCUUUGCAGACUUGGUGCAAAAACAAAUUUGGUAUCACUGAACAGAAUCUUAAUAAACAGUUUAACAUUCCUGAUGAUUUAGAUUAUCUUGAAUAAGUUGUAUAUUUACACUAUCUUGUAAAUAUACCAUUUUUAUAUCUUGUUGAUCACUUCAAUAAAUUAUUUUUUUCUACAAACGCAACUGCAUAGUUUCAAUAUAAAUAUAAUAUAUGCAUGUAAGAAACACAGAAGUAAUUU